AUGACAGGGCCAAUGACAAUCACAAUAACAAUCACAAUGACAAUGAUGGCACCACUACGGCUACUACAGCUACUACCUGUUUUGGUGUUGAUGACUGCCCUGCAUGUACCAGUUGCAGUGGCAGCAGGUACCGGUACCGGUACUGGUAAAGCUUGCCACUCCACCGCAAAGAGCUUGCAGGAAGCCAUUGAUUCUCUGCCAGGUCAAACAAGCGGGACAGGCAUUCCAGAGCUCUUGCUUUGCCCUUCUGUGGAGAUCGAGCUCACCCAACCUAUUCGGAUUCAUCAACGCAGUGUCCGCAUUGGCUGUCUCACUACUGGUACUGGAAAUUUGUGCACUGUAAAAGGAGGAGAACCACAAGAAUCUCGUUUGAUUGAAGUCAUUGGCACUGAAAACCCCUUUGAGACUUUCACUGUGCAACUCAGCCAGCUGCUCUUGGACAGCGGUGCCUCUUACUACCAAACUGAAGACCAACAUGUACAUGUACCGGUACCGGUACCGGUACCGGUAUCAGUAUCAGUAAAUGUACAUGCCACCAUUGUAGGAGGAGCCGGAGUGUCCGUGUUGGGAGCUAACCUCGUGGUAGAGGAUUGUCGUUUCGAAAACAACGUCGCGUCUAGCCAAGGCGGGGCUCUCCAUGUCCAAGACCACGGAAGACCCAUACUAUUCAUUGUCACCAACACAGUCUUUCAAGAGAACCUAAGUAUUGAAGAUGAUUGCUCGUCCAUAUACUUUCAACAACAGCAUCCCAUGACCAUGGCAGAGCUAAAUACAGAACGAGACUUUGUGCCUAGCCGACACCUGCGAUCUGUCAUUGACCAAUGGGAUGAUCCCGCAAAAGCAUCGGAGGCGCUGGACCAAUACAGACCUAGACCAGGAGCAGAACUUUGUUUCUAG